AUCUUCUACCAUUCCCGAGAAAGUUGUGGGCAGGUUUUAUGCAAAAUAACCAUAGGACAACCAUGCUCUCACCAAGCUAUCUGAGAAACAUAUGGUUCUCAGAAUGUUAUGUGCUAGCUGGGAGAGAAUUAUCAAAUGCCAUAAUUCCUUGUGGCUGAUCCUAGAUACCUAAACAAGAAACUUAACUCCAACCACAUACAGAAACAGAUAGGACAGAAUAAGGACACUAUGUAGCCUGAUUUCAAUUAACUGUCUGUCUAUGGGCCUAUGGGGCAUAUUUGCUCAUAUUCCACCCGGUCUGUAGUAGAUGAGGAGACGCCGCAAUGUGGCUGAUGAUUACAAGCCACAUGCGUCGAGGGCGGUCUGCAAGCCAGAUGUUUUGGGAAUUAGCUUUUCUUCUUGGGUGACAUUUAUGAAACCUUCUAAAUCAUUCAAAAAUAUGAUUAAUUUCAAAUGUGAAUAAUUAAGAAAAAUUCCCAAAUUGAUGAAUCAUCUCGAGGAAUCAACUUUGGUCUUAUUCAUUUAUAAUGAAUGGCACACAUACACAAUCCACGUCUUUAAUGUCUCAAGGCUUAAAAAGCCUUCUUUAACCUGUCUCCUCCCCUUCAUCUACACUGACUGAGGUGGAUUUAACAAGUACCAUCAUUAAGGGAUCAUAGAUUGACCAGGUGAAUCCAGGUGAAAGCUAUGUCAUGGAAAGAGCAGGUUUACUUCAUGUUUUGUACACUCGGUGUAUGAUAUCGGCUGAUGGAAGGAGAAGGCAGAGAAAUGUGGCAAGCCACUGAAAACAUCUUGAGAAUGUAGGCUAUACGAGAGUUUGAUAAAGAAGGAGGAGACGCGGUUAAGGGAGUAAUCCAACCAGCGGGUAAAAAGUGCUGUUUAGAUGGCUCAUAUUCCGCUGUAACUGUACUGUACAGUAACACCGACCAACCUCGCGCAUGCAUCAUAAAUGGGAGGAGAAACCAGGCUGUGCGCACUCACAGCCACAGCACAUCUCCACACACAGACACAUACAUCUCAGUGUUUUGACUUAAUUCAGGAAGACUGGAUGUGGAAGACAGAGCAUGAGCCUGUGGGAAAAUACUACAAGCAUUAAUAGCCAUCAUUUCUUAAGAAUCGGUGGAUUAUUUGAUUACCGUGAGAUUCCGUUAGUAAUAUGUGCAAUUUACACUGGUGGAUUGCCUUGGCUAUUUUCUUAUUUUCCUUUCUCCUCCUUUCUGUCCGUUUUUGUUUUCUUUAUCCAUUGUGCCCUAUGAAGGCAAUUAAUAACUAUCCCUCCUUCCAGUCCUAUUGAAAAGAGGGCAGAAAAAAAGGGACAUGAGAGCAGCAAAUCCCUUUUGAUUCCUCUUGUAGCGCUCAAUAAGAAAAGAAUGUGUUGCCUAUCACUCAUGGAGGGGAUCAAGUCUUCCGGACUGUCCCACGCGCUCAAUGCGCUGCUGUUGUCCAGAGCAUCCCUACAGAGAUAGACGUAGAGCGCGUAAAGAGAGCAGCCGCAGCAUCCUGCAGCCGAGCCUGGAAAGACACUUCAGCUGCACUAGACAAGGACCCAUUUAGCAACCUGUCUCCUCUGUCUGACUGUCUCCUCACCAGAUUCAUUAUUAUAGGAAAGGCUCCUCGUUGCUUUUUCCCCUCUAAAGUCCCGUUCUUUGGAAUGUGGUGUGACAUAAUGAGGAUCCUCGCACUGCUUCUGGGGGUGAAAGCCGCGUGCAUCCUGCUGGUCUCCUCGCGCUCAGGCACGGGGGCAGUCAACAACAGCGGCCGGUGGUGGGGCAUUGUGAACGUUGCCUCCUCUGCAAACCUCCUCACCAACUCUAAGAACGUCCAGUUGGUUCUGGAUCCCAGCUUGGGCCAGCUGAACCGUCGCCAGCGUCGCCUCAUCCGCCAGAACCCUGGGAUCCUACACGCCAUCACAGCCGGCCUGCACACCGCCAUCAAGGAGUGCAAGUGGCAGUUCAGAAACCGCCGCUGGAACUGCCCGACCACCCACAGCCUGGCAAUAUUUGGCAAAAUCGUCAACCGUGGUUGCAGAGAGACAGCGUUUGUGUUUGCGAUCACGAGUGCAGGGGUGACCCAUGCAGUGGCCCGCUCCUGCUCCGAGGGGGCCAUAGAGUCAUGCACCUGUGACUACCGUCGUCGGGGGCCUGGGGGCCCUGACUGGCACUGGGGUGGCUGCAGCGACAACGUGGACUUUGGCCGGAUGUUCAGUCGGGAGUUUGUGGACUCCAGUGAGAGAGGAAGGGAUCUCCGAUACCUCAUUAACCUACACAACAACGAGGCAGGGAGAAUGACAGUGUCAUCAGAGAUGCGUCAGGAGUGUAAGUGCCAUGGCAUGUCAGGGUCAUGCACUGUGCGUACCUGCUGGAUGCGUCUACCCAGCUUCCGCGCUGUGGGAGACUUCCUGAAGGACCGCUUCGACGGAGCAUCACGGGUCGUCUAUGCCAACAAGGGUUCCAACCGCGCCUCUCACCGCGCCGAUCCAAGCCAUCUCGAACCCGAGAACCCCUCCCACAAACCCCCAUCAUCCAGAGACCUGGUAUACUUUGAGAAGUCACCCAACUUCUGCACCUACCACGGCAAGACGGGUACCCACGGAACUUCAGGGAGGACCUGUAACAGCUCGUCUCCGGCGCUGGAUGGGUGUGAGCUGCUGUGUUGUGGUAGAGGGUUCCAAACUCAGACUGAGAAGGUCACUGAGAGGUGUCACUGUACGUUCCACUGGUGCUGCCAUGUUAGCUGCCUCAACUGCACCAGCACACAGACAUUACACCAGUGCCUCUGAUCACAGAACCAGGACAGGGGCUCAGAGAUGGAAACGGACAGGCUCUUUGGGCAGGUGGUGUGUAGAUAGAGGAAUGGUGUGGUAGAGAAGGGAAGGACUAACUCCUUAAAGGGGUAAUUGGGGGGUUGAAAAGUGAAUACAGGGAGUACUAGAGCUUAAUCAAUGUUUUUUUGUGAGGAAAGAAAAGAGAAAAGCACAACAUUGAUUACAGGGUGUAGAAGGAGGGUUUGUGUGUUUUGUGUGUGUGUGCUUACUCCUGACGCCCUGCUGUAACAGAGUAUGUUAGUGUGCUUACUGGGUAUUUCAAUGCUGUAGCUAUCCAACUGUGUAGAAUGGAAUGGAAACCAAUCCUCACUAUGGCUUCCCAACACCAGUAACAAGACCAGAGGCAGAUUGAGUUAAAGGAAGUACUUACAAAGGAAAUAGAUUUGUGGCUAGAGAUAAACAACCAAAAUUAGUCUGAGAGAGACGCUGGGAUUUGAAUCUUUCACCCUCUCUGACCUUACAAGAUACAACUAGUGUCUCUGUCCCCUCUCCAUCUCUCCCCUCCACAGCAGAGAGAUGUGAUGGCAGAGGAGGAGAGGGGAGGGAGGAGAGUAACGGUUGCUGAACACAAUGUCAGACAGAUGUCUCUGUGGCGGGAGAACCACAAGCAUGGUCUCUCAUAAACCGGUGAAGAACUGUAACAAGAGGGAGGUUAUUUUAAACAUCACUGUUUUGUUUUCUUUUGCUGCAGUUCUACUUUUCUCACAUACAAUUGUGUGAAGUACAUCUCCCAGGAUGUGCUGUCUUCUCCCCCAAUUGCUAUGUACUUUGGUCCUGGACGUGGACCAAGCCGUUAUGAUUUCCUCUCUAACUCACCACACAUGCCCUCUUUGUUUAGAUUGCUCUGGAAUCCGCUACACCUCAACCCGGAGUUACCGCGGUGAUUUACUACACCAUGGUUACUGACGUUAAAGGACUGGACGUUAUCCAAGGAUAACACAAAAAUAUUCUACAGUUUUAUAACAAACUGGAAUUCACUAUGGGAAUCAUAUGUGUGAAUCAUUUGACUGCAGUAUCAAUACACUGAAUAUUGGAGAGUAUAACUAGAUGUAUGUGUAGGAGAUAGAUAGGGGUGCUGCAAGAAACUGGGGUGACCUGCCAAAUAGUGAGAUCUGUAAUAUGGCAACCCUGUUGCUAAAAUGGCAAUGACCAGAGCAAAAUUGUGAGACUAAACACAUUGCCCUGCUGUGGAAAACUUGAUAAGUGUGUAAAGAUAAUCCAACAUCUUCCUUUCCAAGUUUACAGUGGACAGACAGAGGGUUUUACCAUUCAAUAGGAGCUGCAUCUAGCUGUGAACUAGACUUUGAGGGAAAAACCUUGACUAUACAGUCACUACUAAGGGAAACGUAUUGUAUAUCAGCUCAGAGAAUCAAAAUGUUGUAAAUAAUAUAUAUAGAAAUAUAUAUUUAUGCUGAAGUUACUCACAAUUUUAGGGAAGAAUGACUUGCGCACCUGUCGUACAUAAGCCAAUUGAUGGAAGGAGAGAAAAUAUGCUAUCAUUAGUCAUAAGUCAGGUCAUGUUUUAUUGUUAAACUGAUAUUCUGUUUAUUUCCUUAAAUGUAUUUUACAAAUGUUUUGUGGAGGGCAGGAAACCUGGCAGAGCAUUCUGCUUUAUUCCGUACUCAUUUUCUCUUAACACUAAUGUUUGUCAUGUUUGUCAUGCACUGAAUAUUACCAUUUAUGUAAAUACAAACAUAUUUAUUCUUGUGAAUGUUUGAUACUGUUAUAGAGAGAGAAGUAAAAUAGUUAAACAAAGCAUUUGAGAUCUUUUUCCCUCAAAAAUAUAGCUUUAGCUUGUUUUGUAUUGUAUAAUAGAACAAUAAAGUUUAUAUUUUCAAUUAA